AUGAAUGUUGAUGCAGCAGCUAAUUUCAAGGAUAAAAUUUUAGGAAUUGGAGCUGUUGUGCGCAAUCACAAAGGAGAAGUAAUUACUGUGUUUUCCAGAUCAGUCCAAGGAUGCUUCAGAAGUGAUGAAAUGGAAGCGAAGGUGCUUUUUCACAGUUUAAACUGGGCUGCUCAACACCACCUAUCAAUUGCUAUUGUGGAAACAGAUGCCCUAAGAAUAUCCUCUGCUUUGAACACUUUUCAUAGGGACUUAUCUUGUUUUAAUGAUCUAAUUGACGAUGUACGUUGUCUUUUACCUUCUUUCUCUGAAGUUACUGUUACUCAUGCUCGUAGGCAAGUUAAUAAAACUGCCCAUGGUUUGGCAAAGUGCGCUCUAAAGGCGGAUGAAAAUGUUUCUUGGAUAGGAGAAAAUUCCUUAUCCUAUUUUUUCUAUUAUUGUAAAUGA